AUGGCCGACAACGCACCGGACGCCCACUUGCGAGAACCACGAAGACAGCCGCAACCGGGCUCGAAGCCCAGCCAGGCGGGCCUCCAAAGUGUCGGCCAAGAUAACAUUCAAGGCAAUGGACCGAUCCAGCGGUCCGAUCGGUGGAUGAAGGCAUGCAGACGCGAACGGGGGCGACGGAGAGCCGCGCAGGCGGCCGGGAGCGCUGGAAUCGGCGCGGUAGCGACACCGAGGACGCUGUGGUGGCUUGUGCGCACGGCCGACAACGCACCGGACGCCCACUUGCGAGAACCACGAAGACAGCCGCAACCGGGCUCGAAGCCCAGCCAGGCGGGCCUCCAAAGUGUCGGCCAAGAUAACAUUCAAGGCAAUGGACCGAUCCAGCGGUCCGAUCGGAGGAUGAAGGCAUGCAGACGCGAACGGGGGCGACGGAGAGCCGCGCAGGCGGCCGGGAGCGCUGGAAUCGGCGCGGUAGCGACACCGAGGACGCUGUGGUGGCUUGUGCGCAUGGCCGACAACGCACCGGACGCCCACUUGCGAGAACCACGAAGACAGCCGCAACCGGGCUCGAAGCCCAGCCAGGCGGGCCUCCAAAGUGUCGGCCAAGAUAACAUUCAAGGCAAUGGACCGAUCCAGCGGUCCGAUCGGUGGAUGAAGGCAUGCAGACGCGAACGGGGGCGACGGAGAGCCGCGCAGGCGGCCGGGAGCGCUGGAAUCGGCGCGGUAGCGACACCGAGGACGCUGUGGUGGCUUGUGCGCAUGGCCGACAACGCACCGGACGCCCACUUGCGAGAACCACGAAGACAGCCGCAACCGGGCUCGAAGCCCAGCCAGGCGGGCCUCCAAAACGCGAACGGGGGCGACGGAGAGCCGCGCAGGCGGCCGGGACGUCAGUGCUGGAAGCUCCUUUUGCCUCCCACACGCUACCGCGCCGAUUCCAGCGCUCCCGGCCGCCUGCGCGGCUCUCCGUCGCCCCCGUUCGCGUCUGCAUGCCUUCAUCCACCGAUCGGACCGCUGGAUCGGUCCAUUGCCUUGAAUGUUAUCUUGGCCGACACUUUGGAGGCCCGCCUGGCUGGGCUUCGAGCCCGGUUGCGGCUGUCUUCGUGGUUCUCGCAAGUGGGCGUCCGCGCUCCCGGCCGCCUGCGCGGCUCUCCGUCGCCCCCGUUCGCGUCUGCAUGCCUUCAUCCACCGAUCGGACCGCUGGAUCGGUCCAUUGCCUUGAAUGUUAUCUUGGCCGACACUUUGGAGGCCCGCCUGGCUGGGCUUCGAGCCCGGUUGCGGCUGUCUUCGUGGUUCUCGCAAGUGGGCGUCCGCGCUCCCGGCCGCCUGCGCGGCUCUCCGUCGCCCCCGUUCGCGUCUGCAUGCCUUCAUCCACCGAUCGGACCGCUGGAUCGGUCCAUUGCCUUGAAUGUUAUCUUGGCCGACACUUUGGAGGCCCGCCUGGCUGGGCUUCGAGCCCGGUUGCGGCUGUCUUCGUGGUUCUCGCAAGUGGGCGUCCGCGCUCCCGGCCGCCUGCGCGGCUCUCCGUCGCCCCCGUUCGCGUCUGCAUGCCUUCAUCCUCCGAUCGGACCGCUGGAUCGGUCCAUUGCCUUGAAUGUUAUCUUGGCCGACACUUUGGAGGCCCGCCUGGCUGGGCUUCGAGCCCGGUUGCGGCUGUCUUCGUGGUUCUCGCAAGUGGGCGUCCGCGCUCCCGGCCGCCUGCGCGGCUCUCCGUCGCCCCCGUUCGCGUCUGCAUGCCUUCAUCCUCCGAUCGGACCGCUGGAUCGGUCCAUUGCCUUGAAUGUUAUCUUGGCCGACACUUUGGAGGCCCGCCUGGCUGGGCUUCGAGCCCGGUUGCGGCUGUCUUCGUGGUUCUCGCAAGUGGGCGUCCGCGCUCCCGGCCGCCUGCGCGGCUCUCCGUCGCCCCCGUUCGCGUCUGCAUGCCUUCAUCCACCGAUCGGACCGCUGGAUCGGUCCAUUGCCUUGAAUGUUAUCUUGGCCGACACUUUGGAGGCCCGCCUGGCUGGGCUUCGAGCCCGGUUGCGGCUGUCUUCGUGGUUCUCGCAAGUGGGCGUCCGCGCUCCCGGCCGCCUGCGCGGCUCUCCGUCGCCCCCGUUCGCGUCUGCAUGCCUUCAUCCACCGAUCGGACCGCUGGAUCGGUCCAUUGCCUUGAAUGUUAUCUUGGCCGACACUUUGGAGGCCCGCCUGGCUGGGCUUCGAGCCCGGUUGCGGCUGUCUUCGUGGUUCUCGCAAGUGGGCGUCCGCGCUCCCGGCCGCCUGCGCGGCUCUCCGUCGCCCCCGUUCGCGUCUGCAUGCCUUCAUCCACCGAUCGGACCGCUGGAUCGGUCCAUUGCCUUGAAUGUUAUCUUGGCCGACACUUUGGAGGCCCGCCUGGCUGGGCUUCGAGCCCGGUUGCGGCUGCCUUCGUGGUUCUCGCAAGUGGGCGUCCGCGCUCCCGGCCGCCUGCGCGGCUCUCCGUCGCCCCCGUUCGCGUCUGCAUGCCUUCAUCCACCGAUCGGACCGCUGGAUCGGUCCAUUGCCUUGAAUGUUAUCUUGGCCGACACUUUGGAGGCCCGCCUGGCUGGGCUUCGAGCCCGGUUGCGGCUGUCUUCGUGGUUCUCGCAAGUGGGCGUCCGCGCUCCCGGCCGCCUGCGCGGCUCUCCGUCGCCCCCGUUCGCGUCUGCAUGCCUUCAUCCACCGAUCGGACCGCUGGAUCGGUCCAUUGCCUUGAAUGUUAUCUUGGCCGACACUUUGGAGGCCCGCCUGGCUGGGCUUCGAGCCCGGUUGCGGCUGUCUUCGUGGUUCUCGCAAGUGGGCGUCCGCGCUCCCGGCCGCCUGCGCGGCUCUCCGUCGCCCCCGUUCGCGUCUGCAUGCCUUCAUCCACCGAUCGGACCGCUGGAUCGGUCCAUUGCCUUGAAUGUUAUCUUGGCCGACACUUUGGAGGCCCGCCUGGCUGGGCUUCGAGCCCGGUUGCGGCUGUCUUCGUGGUUCUCGCAAGUGGGCGUCCGCGCUCCCGGCCGCCUGCGCGGCUCUCCGUCGCCCCCGUUCGCGUCUGCAUGCCUUCAUCCACCGAUCGGACCGCUGGAUCGGUCCAUUGCCUUGAAUGUUAUCUUGGCCGACACUUUGGAGGCCCGCCUGGCUGGGCUUCGAGCCCGGUUGCGGCUGUCUUCGUGGUUCUCGCAAGUGGGCGUCCGCGCUCCCGGCCGCCUGCGCGGCUCUCCGUCGCCCCCGUUCGCGUCUGCAUGCCUUCAUCCACCGAUCGGACCGCUGGAUCGGUCCAUUGCCUUGAAUGUUAUCUUGGCCGACACUUUGGAGGCCCGCCUGGCUGGGCUUCGAGCCCGGUUGCGGCUGUCUUCGUGGUUCUCGCAAGUGGGCGUCCGCGCUCCCGGCCGCCUGCGCGGCUCUCCGUCGCCCCCGUUCGCGUCUGCAUGCCUUCAUCCACCGAUCGGACCGCUGGAUCGGUCCAUUGCCUUGAAUGUUAUCUUGGCCGACACUUUGGAGGCCCGCCUGGCUGGGCUUCGAGCCCGGUUGCGGCUGUCUUCGUGGUUCUCGCAAGUGGGCGUCCGCGCUCCCGGCCGCCUGCGCGGCUCUCCGUCGCCCCCGUUCGCGUCUGCAUGCCUUCAUCCACCGAUCGGACCGCUGGAUCGGUCCAUUGCCUUGAAUGUUAUCUUGGCCGACACUUUGGAGGCCCGCCUGGCUGGGCUUCGAGCCCGGUUGCGGCUGUCUUCGUGGUUCUCGCAAGUGGGCGUCCGCGCUCCCGGCCGCCUGCGCGGCUCUCCGUCGCCCCCGUUCGCGUCUGCAUGCCUUCAUCCACCGAUCGGACCGCUGGAUCGGUCCAUUGCCUUGAAUGUUAUCUUGGCCGACACUUUGGAGGCCCGCCUGGCUGGGCUUCGAGCCCGGUUGCGGCUGCCUUCGUGGUUCUCGCAAGUGGGCGUCCGCGCUCCCGGCCGCCUGCGCGGCUCUCCGUCGCCCCCGUUCGCGUCUGCAUGCCUUCAUCCACCGAUCGGACCGCUGGAUCGGUCCAUUGCCUUGAAUGUUAUCUUGGCCGACACUUUGGAGGCCCGCCUGGCUGGGCUUCGAGCCCGGUUGCGGCUGUCUUCGUGGUUCUCGCAAGUGGGCGUCCGCGCUCCCGGCCGCCUGCGCGGCUCUCCGUCGCCCCCGUUCGCGUCUGCAUGCCUUCAUCCACCGAUCGGACCGCUGGAUCGGUCCAUUGCCUUGAAUGUUAUCUUGGCCGACACUUUGGAGGCCCGCCUGGCUGGGCUUCGAGCCCGGUUGCGGCUGUCUUCGUGGUUCUCGCAAGUGGGCGUCCGCGCUCCCGGCCGCCUGCGCGGCUCUCCGUCGCCCCCGUUCGCGUCUGCAUGCCUUCAUCCACCGAUCGGACCGCUGGAUCGGUCCAUUGCCUUGAAUGUUAUCUUGGCCGACACUUUGGAGGCCCGCCUGGCUGGGCUUCGAGCCCGGUUGCGGCUGUCUUCGUGGUUCUCGCAAGUGGGCGUCCGCGCUCCCGGCCGCCUGCGCGGCUCUCCGUCGCCCCCGUUCGCGUCUGCAUGCCUUCAUCCACCGAUCGGACCGCUGGAUCGGUCCAUUGCCUUGAAUGUUAUCUUGGCCGACACUUUGGAGGCCCGCCUGGCUGGGCUUCGAGCCCGGUUGCGGCUGUCUUCGUGGUUCUCGCAAGUGGGCGUCCGCGCUCCCGGCCGCCUGCGCGGCUCUCCGUCGCCCCCGUUCGCGACACCGAGGACGCUGUGGUGGCUUGUGCGCACGGCCGACAACGCACCGGACGCCCACUUGCGAGAACUACGAAGGCAGCGGCAACCGGGCUCGAAGCCCAGCCAGGCGGGCCUCCAAAGUGUCGGCCAAGAUAACAUUCAAGGCAAUGGACCGAUCCAGCGGUCCGAUCGGUGGAUGAAGGCAUGCAGACGCGAACGGGGGCGACGGAGAGCCGCGCAGGCGGCCGGGAGCGCCGGAAUCGGCGCGGUAGCGUGCGUGGAGGCAAAAGGAGCAAAGUAUGAGCAACAGUGA